AUGGAUGAGAGUGUAGUCUGCAGUUCGUUGGGCGCUCAGGGAUCUGAGGCCACGUACUCCAGUGGACUAGCUGGAGUGACUGGGGGUCCGGCCUCUGGGGAGGGCCUCCAGACUCUGCUGAGCGACGAUGACGAGCUGGAAAUAGAUGAAGAGCUUUCAGGAGGGGACAACGAAAAUUUCAGCCCUCAUGAAUUAAAUCCCAGUAAAGAUGAGAGGAAGAAAAGGAAAGGCAAAGGCAAGAGGAGGAGCAGGCACAAGAGCAAAAGCACGACUCCUUUGAACCCCGAGCACAUGGUCUUCACCAACGGAUACACGGCAACUCUCACCACCGCAGAGGAUCCCUGCACCUCCACCCACCUGGGCUACUGUAUUCAUGGUUACUGCAAGCACAUAGAGGGCCUGCAGGAGCCAGUGUGCAUAUGUAUGAAGGGUUAUGACGGGGAGCGCUGUGGGAUCCAAACUCUGGAGACCCGCACCAGGGGGGGCAGUGACACUGAGUUGGUGCAGACGGUCUUGGUAAUCAUUGCUGUGGUCCUGUCAGUCAUCAGCUGCAUCGCCAUCCUGCUCAUGACCUGUGCUCAUUACCGGUCACAUAAAAACUACCUGGCAUCCUACCUGGGAACUGGGACAGAGCAGGAGAAGUUACAGAAACCUGUUGGUGAUGUCGUGGUGUGAGGGCGUUGAGUUCCAAUGAGCCAGCUGCACGAUUCAACCACGAAGCAGACCAGAGGAAUCUGAGGACCUGACAAAGAAGUAGAAGUGAUAGACUGCUUCAUUAGAUGCUGUGUAAAAGAAACACUGUCCAGUACUUGUUAGAAUGUAAUUUAUUCAGUGUGAUUAUUUAUUGCUAACGACUGUAUGAGUCUUUGUAUGUUGGACUAUUGUUAUGAUGUCUAUUAUGUGCGAAUGCUGAGCAUUCAGCCCUUUGAUGAUCUGUAGGUUCGGUUUUAUUUAUUGCACUGCUGUUGUUAUAGGUCAGAGAAAUGCUCUUCAUCUCAGUCUG